AUGGACUACGCAAUAAGGAAGGAUGAACCUGCUGCCAUCAUUGCGAUUAGCACUGCUGUUAAGAUCGCACUAUGUGAAAAAUGGGAGCGAUCCAAUCGUCUCAGCAUCAUGUUCAUUAUGUCCAAGAUCCUUAUGGGAAUGCGUGGAUUGGUGGAGCAACCUGAGAAAAUCAAAGACUUGACCAAACUGAUCGAUGAGCUGUUCGACACUUCAGACAAACCACUUUACAACAACCUCAUCCACCAGUUCUCAUCAACAAAGCUCAUGGGUGUCAAAGAAGUUAGAGAACAUAUCUCAAAGAUGAGGGACAUUUAUGCUCAACUGAAGAAGAUCAAUGUAGUCAUUCUUGAAACUUUCCUAGUUCACUACAUCCUUAACAAUCUUCCACCUCAAUACGAGCCUUUCAACAUUUCCUACAACACACAUAAGGACAAAUGGAAUCUAAAGCUAGAUCGAGAUUAUCAAUUGCAAUAG